UUACUGUGCACAGCCCUUCUACUUGAUAUUAAAUAAUAAUAGUAAAUCACCGAACCGAAUUGGUGUCUGACUUUUGUAAUUUAAUGUGAACGUUUAAGUGUAAAACAAUAAUUUUCAUUGAUUUUAGUUAAUUAUAGAUUUUGAUUUAAUAUUGUUUGUAAUGAGUAGACAUUAGGUAGGUACAUUAUAUUAUGUGCUUGUGGUAACUCGGUAAAUAUGUUUUUCUAGAUAAAAGAUAAAGAUUCUCUGGACGCGUUUUAAAAUUUUCUAGUUUCCGACAUAAAAAAUGGAUUAUAGAGUUUUCUACGUUUCUGAUCCACAGUUACUUUUCGAGUGUAAUAAAAUACCAAACUUGAAAAAUCGACCAUAUUUAGUCGAUGAUCUUAUCCGAGCAUAUUGUCUGUGCGAUCAUAUGAAUGUAGAAAAAGUAAAACCGCUGUUAUACGAAGAACUUACCCAGUUUCAUUCGAGCUCGUAUGUAGAUUUUUUAAAGCGGGUGAAUGACAACGACGAUUCCACUUUGGAAGCAGAAAAUGAAUUUGGAUUAGGUUAUGACUGUCCAAUACUGAAAGACAUUUGGAAAUUUGUUACAUAUAUUUCUGGCGCCUCGGUUACAGCAGCAAAAGCAUUGACAACGAUGAAAUAUAACUAUGCGAUAAAUUGGUGUGGCGGAUGGCAUCAUGCACUCAGGGAUUCAGCUGAAGGAUUUUGCUAUGUAAAUGAUAUAGUACUGGCAAUAGAGACAUUAAGAAAAUGUUUUGGCAGAAUACUUUAUAUUGAUCUUGAUGUACACCAUGGAAACGGAGUCGAAUAUGCAUACAUGACUACUGACCGUGUUCUCACAUUGUCGUUCCAUCAGUUUGAACCUGGUUUUUAUCCUACAAGUGGUUCGUUUCAAGACAUUGGUACAGAUAAAGGAAAAUAUUACUCAGUGAACGUACCACUAAAAGAAGGAAUAACUGACGAUAUUUACAUAUCUAUUUUUAAAAAAAUCAGCACUGUUGUCAACAAUUCAUACAAUCCAAAAUGUAUCGUAGUCCAGUGUGGAGCCGAUGGAUUAGUCAGUGACCCGAUUGGUGGAUUUAAUUUGACUACAAGAGCAUUUGCCGAAUGCAUCAGAACAGUUAUGAAAUGGCAGAAGCCCAUAUUAUUCCUUGGGGGUGGUGGCUACAACGUAGCAAAUGUAGCCCGAUGUUGGACAUAUUUAACUGCUGUUAUUAUCGGACAAGAAGACGCUCUAUCGUCUGAUAUUCCAGACCAUGAAUAUUUUUUGUCGUAUGGACCGGAUUUCACUUUGGACAUAAAUCCCGGAAACAGAAAAGACUACAAUAAUUCUAUGUGUCUAACCGAAACGCUAAACAUUAUAGAAAGUAACAUGAAAAUAGUAAAAGAUAAAAUACAAACAAAUCAGUCGUGUUGAAUACCACUACUUAUGUAAUUCAUAAAUUAGAUUAAAAUUAUACCAGGAAUGUAAAUAUUAAUAUGUGUAUAUUAAUAUUGAAUAUCUUAUUUGUUAAAAUGUUUCAACCCUAAAAACGCUUUCGAAUAACCAUGCAAAAUCAUUUUGAAUACAUACUCUAUAUUUAUGUGCAUACUCUACAUCGAUUCUAGUAAAAUUUGUACUAAUUUUUUGAUGUGUGAAAAAUGUUAAUAACAUUAUUUUUACUUAUUUGUUCGUAUUGCUUGAUUA